ACAGCAAGAAGGUUCCGGGUUCGAACCCAGCGGCCAGCGAGGGCCUUUCCGAGGGGAGUUUGCAUGUUCUCUCUGUGUCUGCGUGAGUUUCUUCCUGGUGCUCCGGUUUCCCCCACAGUCCAAAGAUAUGCAGUUCGGUUAAUAUGGGAUGGCCUUGGGCUGAGGUGCCCUUGAGCGAGGUACCAAACUCCCAACUGCUCUCUGGGCACUAUUAGCAUGGCUGCCCACUGCUCUGGGGCAAUACCCACAAAAACAAUGAUAAUACUGCAGUUCAUGUACCGGGAGAAGGUGGGAGUGGAUGACGCCAUCCUCUAUCUUCUGCACAGGAUUCACUCUCAUCUGGGCAAGAGGAGUGAUGCAGUGAGGAUCAUGUUUUUUUACUUCUCCAGCGCCUUUAACACCAUCCAGCCCCUUCUACUGAGAGACAAGUUGCAGGAGAUGGAGGUGGACAUACAUCUGGUCUCCUGGAUCACAGACUACCUCACCAGGAGACCACAACACGUCAGGAUCAGGGACGGCAUUUCUGACACGGUGAUCAGCAGCACAAGAGCACCACAGGGGACUGCUCUCUCCAGUUCUGUUCACUCUCUAUACAUCAGACUUCAAAUACAACUUGGAGUCUUGCCACAUGCAGAAGUUCUCGGACAAUACUGCGAUUGUGGGAUGUGUUCAUGAUGGACAGGAGGAGGAGUACAGGAGCCUGAUACAGGACUUUGUGUUGUGGUGUAAAUCCAACCACCUGCAGCUGAACAUUGGCAAAACAAAAGAAAUGCUUGUGGACUUUAGAAGGUCCAGGCCGACUCUGCAGCCGAUCUCUAUUGAGGGGGUCGAUGUGGAGAUGGUCAGGACCUACAAAUACCUGGGUGUACAUCUGGACGACAAGCUGGACUGGACAGUGAACACUGAUACCCUCUACAGGAACGGUGAGAGCAGACUCUACUUCCUGAGGAGGCUCGGGUCCUUCAGGAUCUGCCGAAAACUGCUGCUGAUGUUCUACCAGUCUGUGGUAGCCAGUGUCCUCUUCUGUGCUGUAGUGAGUUGGGGAGGCAGCAUUAAGAAGAGAGACACUGGAUGGCUCGACAGGCUGGUGAGGAAUGCUGGCUCUGUGCUGGGAACUGAGCUGGAGUCCCUUACAUCAGUGGCAGAGCGAAGGGCCCUGAGCAAACUGCUCUCAAUCAUGGACAAUGUUCACCAUCCUUUGCACAGCGCCAUCAUCAGGCAGAAGAGCUCGUUCAGUGGCAGACUGUUGUCCCUCCCCUGCACCACGGACAGAUUCAGGAAGUCUUUUGUCCCUCAGGCCAUUAGACUGUUCAACUCCUCCCGGCUCAGCAAAAAUAAGACUCUGUGCCUCUGCUGUACUCAGGACUAGUUACACUGCUCAUUUCAUGUCCAUUGCACUUUUCUGCUGCUUACAUAGAUGUACACUAUAUGCAUAGAUGGGUGUAUAUACAGAUAUUUGUAGAUAAGCCGGUAUGUUGUACUUUAUUAUUAUAUACUGUUAUAAUGUACCUACUUAUUUAUUAUUCAUACUGCUAUAUAUACUAAAUAUUUACAUAUUAAUUUAAUAUUAUAUAUCAUACACUA